CGAUUUAAAAGCUGAUAUUAUUUACUGAUAUGAAGAUGAAGAUUUUUAUCAAAACUUUACUAAAUGUCAUCAGAGCAAAGUAACCUCCCAAAAUGUGGCGGAGUUGCGUCACAGUGCUCCUGGCCCUGCAGUGGGCAGUAGCCCACGAGUACCUCCUCCCGGGGGAUGUCCACCCAUCCCACUACGACCUGAGGGUCACCUACGACAUCGACCCGGCCACCAACUUCAGCUUCUUUGGAGUCGUCGAUAUUCUGCUGUCAACUGUCAAACCAACAUCCAAGAUCAUUCUCCACGCGCAAGACUUCUCCAUCGCCUCCCAGGCUGUGACCCUUACGGGCCAGGACGCCCCGGGGGUCAUGGGGGCAGCUAUCAACGACACCUACAACUUCUUAACUGUCUCCCUGGAUAAGAAUCUGGAAGUGGGCCACAACUACACCUUGACUAUACCGUUCUAUGGCAACCUGAAGACUGGCCUGGAUGGAGUGUACAUAAGCCAAUACGUCAAUAAGAACACUAAAUCGAAAGAGUACCUCAUCACCACCCAGUUCGAAGCGAUCUCCGCUCGCAAGGGCUUCCCGUGUUUCGACGAGCCGAUGUACAAGGCCACGUUCAAGAUCACACUGGGCCACCACCAGCUCUUCACGGCCGUCUCCAACAUGCCGGUGAAGACCAGCUACGACCAGAACAUCAUCGAAUCAUACUGGCCUUGGCACAUGGUUGGACAAAAGUUCAGGAAGAGCAAGUCCGACUUCGUGUGGGACGAGUUCGACACGUCAGUUCCGAUGUCAACCUACCUGGUGGCCUUCGUGGUGUCGAAGUUCUCGCACGUGGAAAGCCCACCCAAUCUGUCCACCACCAAGUUCCGGAUCUGGGCGCGGAGCGAUGCCAUCGACCAGACGGCGUACGCAGCGAAUAUCGGUCCCCGUGUCCUGGACCACUUCGAGAAGUUCUUCAACGUGUCCUUCCCGCUGCCCAAGCAAGACAUGUUCGCGAUCCCGGACUUCGCUGCCGGAGCUAUGGAGAACUGGGGCCUCAUCACGUACAGGGAGACCACGCUGCUGUUUGAUAAGAAACAGUCGUCGUUUGUGAGCAAGGAGAGGGUGGCUGAGGUGAUUGCCCACGAACUAGCCCACCAGUGGUUCGGCAACCUGGUGACCAUGAAGUGGUGGUCCGACCUGUGGCUCAACGAAGGCUUCGCUACCUUCAUGGCGUCGGUAGGCGUGGCAGCGGUAGAACCAACAUGGCGCGCCGACCAAGGAUAUGCGGUGGAGAAUCUCAUUUCCGUGCUGGGACUGGACGCUUUGGAGUCUUCGCACCCUGUGUCGGUCCCGAUCGACGACCCGAAGCGCAUCAACGAGAUCUUCGACGAGAUCUCGUACCGCAAGGGAUCUACCCUCAUCCGGAUGAUGACCAUGUUCCUGGGAGAGGAGGUGUUCAGGAAGGCGCUGCACAACUACCUCGUAAAAUAUUCCUACCAGAACGCCGCCCAAGAUGCCCUCUGGGAGGAACUAACGGCAGCAAGCCGCCAGUAUGGAACCCUGGCCCGUGACGUCACCGUUAAAGAAGUUAUGGACACGUGGACCAAGCAGACUGGGUACCCUGUGUUGACUGUCACCAGGGAUUAUAGUGAUAACACGCUUGCUGUUACACAGAAACGCUACCUCAACAUGGGUUCUCGCGGCAGUACCGACUCCUCCUGGUGGGUGCCUCUCAAGGUGCUCUGCCAGUCGGAAGCAUCCUCUCCUACGGGCGACCUUCAAUGGCUGGCUGAUGAUGAGGGAGUGAGCACGCAGCAUCGGUUCGAACACGGCGCCGGAGCCGAAGAGUGGGUGCUGUUCAACUAUGAUAUGAUCGCGCCAUACCGCGUGAACUACGACAAGCGCAACUGGCAACUCCUAGUCGGCGCGUUGACUGGUGGAGAUCACCACAAGCUACCAGUGCUGGGCCGCGUGCAACUGCUGUCGGAUGCCUUUGCGUUAGCCUGGAAUAAUCAGCUCGACUACAACACUGCUUUACAACUAGCGAGCUACCUCAAGCACGAGACCGAGUACUUACCUCUGUCCAACGGUCUAAACGUGUUAGCCAAGCUCGAGUCGGUGCUCCGCCGGUCGCCGGACUACGGCGCCUUCCAGAAGUUCGUCCGGCGGCUUAUUACCGACACCUACCGCCAGUCCGGCGGGCUGGCUGCCAAGCAGAUCAUCAAUGGGGACGACCUUAACAGUGUGAAGAUGCAGACGACGCUGAGCUCGUGGGCGUGCCGCAUGAACGUGCCGGGCUGCCAGGAGAACGCGCUGGAAUUAUUCCAGGACUGGAUGAACUCUCCGAGACCCGAUGAGGACAACCCUAUCCCGCUGGACCUCCGUCGCACAGUGUACUGCGAGGCGAUGGCUCGCGGCGGCGUGCGCGAGUGGCGCUUCGCCCUCGCUCGCGUGCAGCGCUCCAACGUGGCGGCUGCCAGAGACGUACUACUGCGAGGCCUGGCCUGCACCAGGGAGAUAUGGAUACUGGCGCAGUACCUGGAGUGGGCGAUAACGGAAGGCUCGGAGGUGCGGCGUCAGGACGCGGCGCUGGUCGUCACGUCCAUCACGCGCUCGUCCGUCGGCUACUACGUCGCCAAGGAGUUCAUCUACACGCGCAUACAGGACAUAUACAAGGCUUUCAGCAGCCAGAGCCGUCGGCUGGGGUCCAUCAUCAAGAUCCUUCUAGACCAAUUCACGACGCAAAAGGAUCUUGACGAAUUCCUAGCCUGGUACAAGGACAACACGCAAUACUUGGAAGAGGCCAAGUUAGCGGUGCAGCAGGCCAUCGAGAAAGCAACCGUCAACAUCCACUGGCUCAACAAGAACCGGCACGAAGUCGUCGACAAACUCCGCGAGUUCUCCACCGACGCGCCAAGCGAGGAGGGUCCUAUCGUGAGUUACACGGGAAGCCACGCAGGGAAGACGUCAGUUGGAGUUCUAGGUUUAUGUACACAUUUCUUGAUUAUACACAUUUUAUGAUAGCACCGGACUUUUUAUUAAGGUUGGACCGCAUUUAACUUACUUAGGCCCAGUUUUUUGAUUCGUAGUUAAAAUAACUAAUUGUUAAAUUUUGCUACUAAUGGUUAAAUAUUAACAAAAUGUAAACUAAUAGUUAAAAAAUGUACUAAAAUUCAAAUACUUUAAGCACUGACUCAGUUAUACGCGAGAACUGUAAUACGACAUACACCAUACAAAAUGUAUAAAAAUGUUUCGAUGCUUUAUGCAGCGCCGCACCGCACAAAUGCGACCCGACCUUUACAAUAAAACAUUGUAUAAAAUGUGACGUCACAUGUUAUACGAAUUGACGCUACAUAUGGCGAUAAGCCACGCCCACACCUGUCAAAAUGGCGACGUAUAAAUACCACAUGCACAUUUCCUAAAAAAAAAUAUUUUUAAGUUCCUUAUUUAGCUUAACUGUCUAAAUUUAAAACAAUUGAAUCAAAAUACAAAAUAUUUAUUCAUAAUAAAAACUAAUAGCUUAAAACCUAAAUAAUACUUUACAGAGAAAUGCUUGCCAAUUUUGACGCGGUUCGAUCAAAAGCAUUGGCACCGUCGGUAACUUUUAAAUAUCAAUUCUCAUGCAUUAAUAUCAACAUCGUAACUUUAUGGUGCAAAUUCAGAGAUAUUUUUAUAAAACCGACAAUCUAUGCUGUCUUUUUCUUAUCACCUAAGUGAGAAAAAGACAUGCAUAUCUGAAAAUAUCAAUGAUCAAUUGAAACUAUCUUGUCUCUGAAUUUGCACUCUUUUAAUCUAUGGUUUUAUAAUAAAAAAUCUAUCGUAUACAUAAAAAUAACAAUAGGUCUCAUUUAACACUAACAUAUUCAAUGAAUAUUAUUCUUAGAGUAUUUCAGAUCACGUCAAAAAUCUUUUAUAAUAUUUUGUAUCCAGUCAUUUAUAAAGUAUUUAAUAAAUCGUUUUCAAAAAAUCUGUUAUUUUUUAAUCUACACGUAGUAUACAAUAUUUUGCCAGUACCUUUUAAAAGCUGUUGAUAAAUUUAAGAAUUCCACAUCCAAUUUUUUUAAUAUCUAUUUUUAUAAAAUCUUAGCAACACAAUACAAAAAUUUCCUCUUAUUUAUUUAUAUUCAAAUAAAUAUUACUCUUGUACUAAUAUUAAACAUGGCAAUUUGGAAUUACAAAUGGCAGUAAUCAAUUCCUGGUAAUAAGUCUUGUUCAGUUGUAAUAGCUCUCAUUU